AAUCUCUGACAGACGGAAGUGGCUUGCGUUCCACCGAGAGGAAGUGAGGUCGGAUACAAUGUCAAGCCGGAAGUGUGGCGCAUGUGGAGUCGCUGUGUGGGAUUGACAUCCUGAAAGAAGAUCAAGAUGUUGUCGCGGCCUAAGCCGGGCGAGUCCGAAGAUGAUCUCUUAAGGUUCCAGAGUCAGUUUCUUGCUGCUGGUGGUUCUGCAGCUGCAAAGCUCGUGAAAAAAGCUGAUAAGAGGAAAGGAUCUGAGAACACAAGCAUAGAGGCUAGUGGGGAAACAGAGGAAAGAGAUGUCGUGUCUAUAGAAGAUUUCCCUGACUUGCCUCCAAUUCUAACACCAGGACCAUCCAAAAAGUCAAAAGUUGCUGGAACACGAGUUCAUUUUGCUGAAGAAGAUCCAGAAGAUAUAUUGGAAAGACAUGACCAUCAUAUCACUACAGUUAUCUCAAAAAUCAUUGAACGGGACACAAGUACUGCCAUCAUCACAGCACCUGUUCCUACAGGAGAGCCCUUUCCCCGUGUCUUCCACAGAUCAGAGAUUCCUAGUGAGGGUAUACAAGCUACACAAGGAAAUGUUAAAGUCAGCAUCUUUGCUCAGAAAAUGGCUGCUAAAAGGGCUGCCGAAGUUGCAAAAAAAGCAGAAUCUUCUUCAGUCCUCCCCCAGCCAGAACACUUUGUCAGUCCUACAUUUGUCCUCCACAGUGAAAGCAAAGAUUCUCAUUUAAAAGGGGAAGGAAGAGGAGAAAAGCCCCGUCUGAUUACAGGUGAAGGCCUGCGGAGUUCGGAAAGUCAUGAAGAGGCCCAGAGGAUCCAUGAGGAGAAUAUGAAAAAGCUGAAAGCUCUGUCUGAGGAGGAGAUCCAGAGAGAACGCGAGCAGCUGUUCUCACAACUUGAUCCCAAGUUGGUUGCAUUCUUGAGAUCAAAAGGUAAAGACCCAACCCCCAAGGAGGAUUCUAGUGCCAGUGACACAGCAGGUGGUCCCCAGACUGUCAGCUAUGAAUCUUUUGGUUCUGCUGCAAUGACACAAGAAUCGGUGGAGAUUCCUGAAGAAAGAGAAGACAAUAAAACUGCUUUGUCAGUUGAUGAUCUUCCAGUAAAGCCUCAAAAGGAAUGGGUACACAUGGGUACAGUGGAGUUUGAGAAACUGGAGUGGAUAAAGGAUCUGCCACAAUCUCGACAAAAGAAAACAAAAAAGGGUAUGCAGGCUCGAUUCAGUCUUACGGGAGAUCUGAUACCUCAAGAUAAAGAGAUUCCUACACAUAUGGGCCUACACCACCAUGGAGAGGAGGCAGAGAGAGCUGGUUAUUCCCUUCAGGAACUCUUCCAUCUUUCUCGCAGCCAAUUCAUUCAGCAGAGGACUUUAUCAUUGCAAGUUCUUGGCCGUAUUGUAAAGAAGGCUAAGCAAGGGGAGUUUUCUUCUGCCCUAAAGGGAAGUGUGCUUCGUUUGCUCCUGGAUGCCGGAUUCCUCUUCCUACUGCGUUUCUCUAUAGAUGAUAACAUAGACAAUGUCAUUUCUGCAUCAGUUGGCGCUUUUCAUGCUUUGCUGGUGUCCCCAGAUGAUGAGGAAUACCUGGAUGUUACUUUUUCAUGGUACCAGGGAACAAAGUCCUUCCCUUUCUUGCCUAAUCAAGAGGAGGAGGAGGAUGAGGAGGAUGAAGAGGAUGAAGAUAUUAUUGAGGACUUUAAUAAGAUCUCUGAAGGAGACAAGCAAAAAGCUAAAGAGGAAAGGAAGUCCGAUUCAGAAGUGGCACGUUAUGAUGGUAUAAAGGGUCUCCUAAAGACAAAAUUUCUUCACCGGCUUAGAUAUAUCUUGGAAGUUGUAAGACCAUCGGGUACUGCUGUUCUGAAUAUCUUGGAUAUCCUUACAAGGGUGGCUCGUCACUCUGUAGCAGCCUGCAGCCAGCUUCUGGAUUGCCCACGGUUAAUAGAGACCGUAGUGCAGGAGUUUCUGCCUUUGCAGUGGAGUGUGCCAAUGGAAACCGGAGACACAGCACCUACUAUUCUCCACGGAGUGCCUUGUUCAGCUGCUAUGAAAUUUCUCAGAGUGCUCGCAUCUUCUAGCCGCCACUCAGCUGCCAGACUACUGCACAAAUUCGACGUGAAAAGCCGCCUGAGCAGAUUUGGUGUGCAGGAGCCACAAGACUUUCCUCUGCCGAAAGAGGAGGCUGAGAAACUGAGUACAGAGACCUUCCGCCUCUGGGCUAUUGCUGCCGGCUAUGGACAAGCCUGUGAUUUAUACAGAGAGCUGUACCCAGCUGUGAUGAGAAUUCUACAGUCCCUAACCAGCAUUAUUGCCUCCUGUAAAGGAAACAGUUCCUCUGCAGCCCUCUCCAUCCAGCGGGCGGCUGCUGUAGUUACCCUGCUCAGUCAUGUGACUCAGACAGCGGGCUGCACUGCAGAGCUUGAAGCAAAGCUGCACAGCACUCCUGUGGGCUCCGAACCUCAGAUUCCUCCACCUGCAGUAUCAUGGGAUAAUGUCGCUGGAUUACAACCCAUAGUGGAAGGAUGUUUGUGCAGAUGUCUGCAAGAAGUUGGAAAUGCUAGCACUUGGGACUUGCUUCAGCCACUCACCCUUUCAUCCAUCAACUUUCUUGCAUCAUACUAUGAAGCUGCUAGCCGGCAGCCCUCUCUGAAUAGUGUUGUGUGCAAUGAAGAAAUAGAGAAGUUGACAGAAAAUGUUCUGCUGCCUUUACUAGAUCAGCCAUCUGUGCAGUCUAUGUGGGACUUACUCAGGUCUUGCUCUGCUGUGUGUAACCCUCUUACCUGCUCCCCUCUCCCGGAGUCUGUCAGCAGCAUUGUGACCCUAAGUUGUGCUGGAGGGAAACCACCACUUAGCCUGCCUGGGAAAAAGUCCCCGUUUCCUAUACUGACCGCUAUGCUUAACCUCGUCUGCAGUAUCUGCAAUAUCCACAAGGGGAUGAUCAACAAGUUCUCCUUCAUUUUGAAAUACAAAGGUCUACAAAAUUAUUUCCUUAAGACAACUGAAUGUCCAACCCCAGCAGUGACUUCUUCCUCCAACUGGCUCCUGCGUCACGAAUAUCACUUCCAUUAUUUCAUGCUGUCGCUGCUGUACAAAGUGGCAUCUAUGUCUCCAGAGCAGUCCCAUUAUACUUUGAUUUUCCACUCUGUCUCUCUGAACUUGCUGAGUCGACUCUUACCAGGCAGUGAGCACUUGGCUCAUAGGAUCCUUACCACUUUUGCAUUCAAUCCUAUUUUUAUGCCAGAAGGAAGUGCCGGGGGUCCACAAGCAGCUGAUUUAUCUGAUAUUUUACAUAUUACAUCCGAAGGCAAUCCAUCACCCCUUGGAUCAGCUGCUGUGGCUUCAGAGUCUCCAAGUCGCGGUGUUCUGCUGGAACAAGCCUUUAAAGAUCUCCCUUUUAUCCAGAGCUGCUACUUGACUCAUUUUGCCCACAUGAAACAAGCCCUCAAUCACUCCAGGGUUGCCUAUCAGGGAAAAACUUGUUUCAUUCAAUCUGCCAUGUUACCUGAAGCCAGAGGUCCCAUUCUGCCAUUUGAUUGGCCAUUUCUUCCACUGAUCAAUCUUUACAACAACGUGACUAAUGCAGAGACAAAAGGGAGGAUCGUGAAUAGUCUUCCUCCUGACCUGGUUAACAGAGUCGCAAGGAACUUACAGUGGAUCCUUCUCUUGGAAACUUGGCGUCCUGGAUGCUUACAGUGUGUCCCACCUGCUGCGAAGCUGGCAAGAUUAGCUUGUGUCUUUUUGACAGGUAGUGACCUCUUCUUGGAAGUGCCUGUUCAUGCAUACUUGGCAACACUUACUGUUCUUUAUAGUCAGCCUAAGCACAUGGAGUCAUUAAAGCUUGAUGUGCCUCUACCUGGCCUGGCUUCAUUUUAUGAUUUCUACAUGGACCUCUUGGAGCAGUUUGAAGGAGUUUCCUUCGGUGACCCCUUAUUUGGAACGAUGGUGCUUCUUCCGUUGCAGAGACGUUUUAGUGUCCAACUUAAACAGGCCCUGUUUGGAGAACAUGUCAACAGUCUGAGGUCCCUGUAUGUACCCCUGAAGGAGUUUCCUGUUCAACUUGAUCUGUACACAUCUCCUCCUGAAGAUAAUUUGAAUCUACUGCGCCUCUAUUUUCGGACUCUGGUAAUGGGAGCAUUGCGUCAGACUUGGUGCCCUGUUCUUUAUGUCGUGGCUGUGGCUCAUGUGAACAGCUUCAUCUUUUCACAAGACCGUGUAACUGAGGAAGUUGAUGCUGCAAGGAAGAGCAUGCUUCGGAAGACCAACCUAAUGGUGAAUGAGAGUCUCAGGAAACAUCUCCUGUACUUCAAGCAACCAUCCAGAGACAGCCCAUUAGGCUUUGAGAUGUAUGAUGCGCUUCCUCCUCUCAGGCAGAAGUAUCUGGAAUUGGUGACAGAGAAGCCACAACAGACAAAAGAAGCAAUGUAAAAAACUGUACCUACUAUGAAGCUGUUGUCAGGUGUUCUCACGCUGCACGAUCCACAGGGUUGUUGGGAUUUCUUUAAGAAAUAGAAGGAGCCAAAGUGGCUGAAUCAUCCGAAGCACCUGGUCCGGUUUUCUGUGUAUUGAAACACCUGUUAGUGAAUCUUUGUGAGAUUCCAGCCAUUCAUUGUAAAUAGAGUCCAGAUUUAAUAAUUGUAGUCCAGAAGAAACACACUGACAAGUCUUUCACCCCGGAUGCUAUUAUGUUUUGUCUGAAGCACUUAUCACCCUCUCAAGGUAUGACUACAUGUUCAUAAAAUGCAGACUGUGCUCUUGGUGGAAAUUAUCAGUGAUGCUGAAUAGACUGCUUUCAUGUAUAUUAGUCUGGCUCACAGCAUGAUUUUCUCUGCUGUAACUAGGUUAUUUUAAAUGAAACCAUCUUUAUGUGAUGUAACUGAAUAUAUUGCUGUAUAAACCAUAAAAUAAACUUAUAGUUUUGGUAUUGUUUAAAGGAAAA